AUGACAAUUGGUGCAGACUCAGCAUUGCAUAGAAUUAUUGAAGCGACUGAUGCAAUCUCUACUACAGCUCAUUCACAUCAAAGAUGUUUCAUUUUAGAGGUGAUGGGUAGACAUUGUGGUUAUCUAGCACUUGUCGCAUCUAUGGCAUGUGAAGCUGAUUGGGUAUUUAUACCAGAAAUGCCACCAGCUGAUGAUUGGCGCGAGAAAUUAUGUCAUAAACUUAGAAUGAAUCGUGAACAUGGACAACGUGUCAAUAUAAUUAUGGUUGCUGAAGGUGCUAUCGAUAGAGGAUGUAACCCUAUCACUUGUGAACUGGUGAAAAAUUUAAUAGUAUCAGAACUUCAACUUGAUACACGUAUAACUGUUUUGGGUCAUGUACAACGUGGUGGUUCACCAUCAGCCUUUGAUCGUAUUUUAGGCAGUCGUAUGGGAGCUGAAGCUGUCCUAGCCCUAAUGGAUGCUGAUCGUGAUCCUAAUCUACCAUCAUGUGUUAUUAGUUUAGAUGGUAAUCAAGCAGUUCGUGUGCCACUUGUGAAAUGUGUUGAGAGAACACGUCAAGUUGCUGAAGCAAUGAAAGCUCGUGAUUUUGAUCGUGCUGUUGAAUUACGUGGAGCGAGUUUCAUGAACAAUCUGGCAACCUAUAUAAAACUUUCAAAAAUUGAACAACCACGUCAAAGUGUCAUGUCAUCUGAAAACAACUUGAGAAUCGGUAUCGUGAAUGUCGGUGCUCCAGCUUGCGGUAUCAAUGCAGUAAUAAGAGGAUUUACUCGUUUGGGUAUCACCAAAGGUUAUAAGAUUAUCGGAAUACACGAAGGAUUCUCUGGUCUUGUUAAAGGCGAUGCUAGUGAAAUACAGUGGUCUGAUGUACGUGGAUGGGUGGGAAUUGGUGGUUCCAUGUUAGGAACACGCAGAGACACACCAAAUAGUUUAGGUAUAGAGAAAGUAGCCGCGAGAUUUAAAGAAUUCAAAUUAAGCGGUUUACUUAUUAUUGGUGGCUUUGAAGCAUACGAUUGUUUGAUAGAACUGGUCGAAGGACGUGAAAAAUAUCCUGAAUUAUGUAUACCUAUGGCUAUGGUACCAGCUACAAUUUCUAAUAAUGUUCCUGGUACUGAUUUCUCCUUGGGUUGUGAUACAGCUUUAAAUGAAAUAACCUCUGUUUUGGAUAAAAUUAAACAAAGUGCAUUGGGUACAAAACGUCGUGUAUUUGUUGUUGAAACAAUGGGUGGUUAUUGUGGUUAUUUAGCUACAAUGAGUGCAUUAGCUGGUGGAGCAGAUGCUGCUUAUAUAUUUGAAGAACCAUUCACAAUUGAUGAUUUACGUGAAGAUGUAGUACAUCUACGUGCAAAAAUUGAUGAUAAUGUUAAACGUGGUUUAAUACUACGAGCUGAAUAUGCUAAUAAAUAUUAUACAAGUGAAUUUAUUCAUCAAUUAUAUGCUCAAGAAGGUCAAGGUAUAUUUGAUUGCCGUUGUAAUGUACUGGGUCAUAUGCAACAAGGUGAUAGACCGAGUCCAUUUGAUAGAAGUUUAGGUACAAAAUUUGCUUCGAAAGCAAUUGACUGGUUAGAUGAACAAAUCAAUGCUAAUAUACGUUCAGAUUUUACAGUCUAUACACCAGGACAUUUAUGCUGUACACUUAUUGGUAUUGUACGUCGUCAGACAACCUAUUCAAACAUUAUGGAAUUAAGAGAACAUACAGAUUUCGUACAUCGUUUACCAAAAGACGAAUGGUGGAUUAGUUUACGUCCAUUAAUGCGUAUUAUGGCUAAACAUGAUAGUCUUUAUGAAUCAGAAAGUAUUAUGGCUGGAACUGAUAGAAAAUAAAUAAUCAAUAUUUUAUUUUUAAUUUUUAAAAGAACAAUCAUAAAAGAAAAGAAAAAGAAAAUGGUGAAACAAAUUAUACGUUUUUUUCUUCUUUUGUUUAUUUCAAUUUAACUUAUUCAAUAUUAGUUUUGGCUUACCUUCAUUGAAUCAGAUCUUAUUAUUGACAAUUUCUGUUUGUUUGUUUUCACUGAUUUACUCGUUUAUCAAUAAUUCAAUCAACCCUGUCCAUCUUAUUCUGCUUUACCUGAGAUCAAUCACACAUGUAUUGAAACCCAUUGGUUUAGUUAGAUUAAACAAUAAUAUUAUUAUUAUUAUUGUUAUAAGUCAUUUUAACCUUUCCAAUACUAAGAUGAUUACCAAACAUCAUUUUUAUUACUGAAAUCUAGUUGUAGAAAAUGACAAAGUGACAUUUACUUUUCUUUUUCAAGACAAAGAAAAACAAUAACAACACCAAAAGCAACAAAGAAAAUAAUAAAGAAAUGAAAAUCAUUAUCAAUGUGUUUCUUUCAUUCUUUUUCUCUUACCUUUUAGUGAGUCCAUGUAGUAGUAGUAGUAUUAUGAUAGUGCAAUAUGUAAACGUUAACGAGUUCUUUUUCUCUCUUUUUUUUUCUUGUAUAAUAGAGAAAAUGUAUAAUGAAAACGUUGAUUUUGUUUCAAAUUUUCAUGUAAUAAAUCGUUUAACCAUUUCUG